AUGAUAAGUUUUCUGAUCGGAUUAGUCUCAUCAAACAGACCUGUUAUUCUUUUACCAGGUAUAUAUGGUUCAAACCUAUAUUCAACAUAUGACAAUUUUGCAAAGCACUGGUACUGUCCAAAAACAACAGAUCAUUCCAUUUUCUGGGUAAACCUUAAAUACGCUAUUCCUCCAACAUACAACUGCCUCUUUGAAUUACUUGCUGCACAUUACGAUGCUGCAACCGACAAGGUAGGCAACCCUGAAGGAUUAUCCGUUGAAAUUGAAGAUUUUGGUGGUGAUGGUGGUAUUUCUUAUGUUGAUGCCGGCGUUUUUGGAUACCACUUCAUCGAGUCAUUUGGCCCUCUUAUUGAUUACUUCAAAGGCAAAGGAUAUACAAUCAAAAAAAAUUUAUUUGGUGUCCCAUAUGAUUGGCGCCUUGCCUUAGAUCCACUUCGUGAAACCUUCUUCCCGCAACUCAAGCAGCUUAUAGAAAAUGCUUAUUCCUCCAACGGCAAUCAAAAUGUUGUUGUUUUAGGAUAUUCAUGCGGCGGCCUCAUGCUUCAUAACUUCUUUACAACCUACGUCGAUCAGGCCUGGAAAGACAAGUAUAUCCACAAAGUUAUCAUGCUUGCCCCUGCUUUCGCUGGUUCUUCCGAAACUCUUGAUGUCGUAUGGAACCAGUACUUCCCAAUCAUUCCUAUCCUUAAGAACGACGUCCUUAGAGAAAACAUUCCAAAGAUUCCAGUUAUUUCCGGAUUGAUGCCAAACCACGUUGUUUUCGCUGACGAUACCAUUAUCAUUGAGCCAGAUGGCACAGAAAUCAAGGCACCACAAGUCCAAGAUUGGUUUAUCAAACAAGGCAAAUAUUCCGGUGAAGGCGAGCAAAUGGUUAGAAAGAACAUGAAAUGGUUACAAAAGAAACCAGAAUCCCUCGGUGUCCCGCUUUACAUGAUCUACAACUCCGGAAAUGAAGCAACUUAUCAGAUGAAGUUCAAGGGAAGCUGGGAUGAGGUCGAAUAUACAAAGCAGCCAGGUGAUGGUACAGUUCCGUCGAAGGGACCAGAGUUCGCUUGCAACAACUGGAUGGAUAAUAAGGGAAAUCCAAUUAUUUGCCACGAUGUAAAGAAUCCUGGUGAUGAUUGGAAGCACGCACCAUUGUCUACAAACGAAUACAUCCACCAACUCAUCUACAACGUUGCCAACGACCAGCCAGUUAAUGAAUGGUCAAAACUUGAAGGAAACUGGAUGUUUACAAGCGAAAACGUUGAGACUGUCAAUGGUACAGUUCUUAGAGCUGGACAAGUCACAAAGAGGAGAAUUCUUUAA